AGUCAUAUUUGGUCCUCCGGAAAUAUCCACAGCACGGAAAUAUAAAUGGGUAUGCCCCAAAAUGGAUUCUCAGCUGGCUUCAGUCCUGACCAGUGGCAGCCUGGAUGUCCAAAAUGGCAGCCAGUGUGCAGAGGGAUCAGGGCCAGUGACAGAGGCUUUUUUGGACCCAAAGGACAAAACCUCGCCCAGUACUGUACCAGGUAACCUCCAGCAGUGCCCUGUCAGAGCAGCAGUGGCCGUCAGGCAGGCUGCUCCAUCAAUCAAUGGGAAUAAGCCAGAGGAGGGCGGGACUUGUAAGACAGCCUCUCAGGAAACGAGCAAGAUCGGUGGGUUCAGACAGCCAAUCACAGUGAAGACUGGAGUGCCUGUGUUGCGCAGCCAACCAAUCAGACUCAAAAUUGUGGUUCCCCCACGGUGCAAGAGGCCAAUCACUAACUCUGCCAUCAGCCUGACCAAAGACUCACAUUUUAGAAGACCUGUUUCAGCUGGAGCAGAAAAAAACAGAAGCAAAAUCUUAAAAUCUGAAGGAGAAAUCAAGGAAGUUUCGUGUCAAAAUACUGAGGAAGCAAAGCCAGAAUCAUUCCAUGAAGCAGAGGCAGAGAGAGGGGAGGAAAUGUGCAAAAUGAGACAUGUUUCCGGUGCUAAAAGUAUUCCCACAAAUGGGUUAGAAACUCCUUUAAUCACAAAUACAGUUAAAAUGUUGAGCCUGAAAGGGAUUAAAGAGGAAACUACAGAGAGAGAAAUUGAAAAUGUCCCUCUUAUUUUGAAAGAAAUUGACUUUAAUGAGGCGAUGGAGGAGCAGACAGAACCGUUGGACCUUAGUUUGCCCAAAAAAAGAGAGAGUCGAGAGCGGAGGUGUGAGCGCGUCCUGGACGGCUGCGAGAGCUCGUUGAUUAUGGAGGUGGACGAGUACGAAGGAGAAGGAGACAGAGAUGUAGUGGAAGAGGACGAUGAUGGGGACGGAGACGGCUCUGUGCUGGAUGGCACAGAAGACUCUCUCUUGUCUCCUUCUUUCCUCUCUUCCUCUGUCUUCACCUCCCUCUCCUCUUUAGACUGCGACACCGAAAACCUUCUCCUCAUAGACGACCAGGGAAUCCCGUACACUCUCAGUCCGGACGGGGUCAAAGUGCCGCAAGUCGAUGCUUCAGCGUCAGAGGAUCAUGCAGAGGGAACUGGGUCGCCGCAGUUAGCAGAGCCGAGCCCCAGCCAAAGUUUAGAUACCGCACUAAAUGCACCUUCUGAUCACCUUUACCCCGCACCAGCACCUGCCACUGAUCCUCCACCGCAAAGUGUCCAUCAGACUCCGGAGGUCUUCACGAGUUCGAUUACAAACGCAGAUCCCGUUAAGGCGGCAGAGCCGAGCGUUAAAUCAGUUCAGGAGGGUAAUGCUGUUAUAUCAGUCCCCACACAGCCCAUUCAGAUCCUCUCAAACCCCUCUGCUAACGCUCCCAUCCUCCUCCUGUCGUCCUCCUCUUCCUCUCCUCAGCUCUCCUCCGCUCAGGUGGGUCUCUCGCUUCCCCUCUCAGUCACUCAGACCUCCCCUGGUGCUUCCACCUCCAUGUUCCUCCUCCUUUCAUCUGUACCUUCUUCCUCUGGUGACUCUACCUCCGCCCCUAUCGCUGUCCUCGACCCCUCCACCGGUCAGUUCACCGCAGCCCCCGUCUCCCUGCCUUUGCCCUCCGGACAGGUCGCCCCCCUGGGAUCCCCCCUGCCCGCGCUGUCUCACCCCGUCAUCAGACUGAGCCCCAACAACCCCCCUGUCAUCCUGUCAGGGGUGAACGCGGUAAACUCCGACUCCGUUCUCGCCUCUCUGACUGUCCCCUCGUCCUCUCCCGCUCUCCAAAACGACCACCACAGCACGACUAUUCAUCCUCAAAUCAGCUCUUCCGAUUCAAACCCUGGAAGCGAAGCCAUAUCUGAAGACGUCUCAAGUGACAACAAGAAGCCAUCAUCUUUUACAGCCUCCUCUCCGCACCCACAGUCUGCUACUUUGACCUACGACCCCUCAGCUCAGCCGAGCCCAGAGGCCCAGUCACCGACCUCGGAGGCCCGAUUCGACCCGUCUGACCUGCACUCAGAACAUUUACCUCUGGACGACCAUCUUUACUUCUCCAGCGCUGCUGCUCCCCCCUCCCCUCCGGUCCAACCCGCUCUCCCCUCUGAUAAGCUCGACCCCCUCGACCCGGGGGACCCUCUCUCCCCCGAGGGGUCGCCCAACACCAUGGCCUCUCGCAGGGUGCUGUACUGCCAGCUGUGCCCGCGGGUCUUCUUUUACCUCUCCGACCUUGAGCGACACGCCAUCACGCACUCGCAGAAGAAGCCUCACGUUUGCCAGCAGUGCGGCAAAGCCUUCAAACGCUCCAGCCAUCUGCAGAGACACAAGCACAUCCACACAGGCCAGAGGAACUUCGUGUGCCCCAUCUGCGCCAAACGCUUCAGGGAGGCCGGCGAGCUCCAGCGCCACCAAAGGGUCCACACCGGAGAGAAACCCUACCAGUGCCAACUCUGCCACACACGCUUUGCCGAGCGCAACACUCUACGUCGGCACACCAAACGCAAACACCCUUACCACCAAGUAGCCAUGGAAAUGCUGAACGAGAGAAGAGACAGAGGAGGCGGCGGAGGAGGAGGAGGAGGCGGCGGCAGAUCCGGAGUGCAGGAGGAAGAGGAGAGUGCUGAAUGGUACAGCUCCACGGUGUCAAAUCUGGAUAACUCUGAGUCUGAGAUGGAAACUUAAAAGAGUUUUCUGCAGACAGACUCUAAAGUGAAGAGAAGGAGGAGUGCAGGGAGAUCGUACGUAGACGCUAAACUUUCCUCAUUAAAAAACACUCAAAGAAGGGAGCACUUGCAAUAUUUAUUUUAAUGUUUUCAAGCUUAUUUAUUUAUAUGAAUGUAUAUUAUUUCCAUUCCGUUUAGUGGUCAAAAAUUCAGCCUUUGAAGUUAUACGUGAUUUUCACAUUAGCUUUCCUGUGUGAAGAAAAAGUUGUGUAUGAAAGGGAAAGCUUGAAAUCCUGUUUUUUAUGAUUUAAGGAUAUUAAUUGGACUGCUAUCAUGAAGUUGCAUUCCCAUACAAUCUAAUAUAAAACCCUCAAGUGCUCAGAAAAGAAGGAUAACUUAUUUACUCUAAACGAUCCUCUGCUCUAAGUUGUGUAUAUAAAGAGUACUAUUUGUAAAAGCGGCACUUCUGCACUAUCUUAUGUGAAAGAUGUAAUCUAUCUUUCUUACCGUCAGAGACACUGUGAGUCAUUUGCACUUGUUUUAACUCAAUAUCCACUUUUUUUCUACAUUGUGA